AUGAUGGCCGCCAUCCAGCUCGCCGGUCUUGAAGCUUACAACGAGGGUACUUGGACUCGCCUCGCGGAGGACCGCCUCGCCUUCGCCCAGAGCAGGGGGAACCCCCUGUCGGAGAGCGUCUGGUCGGAGACCGGCCAAAUCUUUGUCAAGAACGGUGUCCAUGACCGCCUCAGCCUGUAUGUUGCCCAUCGUCACUUCGCCCUGAACCUAGGCGAGGCAGUUGUCGAGUCUGGCAACGUCGCGACGCCCUGGCCGCUGCAGCCCGCCUCAGAAGCCGUCCGUACCACUGUGGCUGCCAAGUCGUGGAUGUUCGUCGAUGGCAAGCUUGAUGCCUCUCAUAUUCUUGAUGCCCUGGCCACGCCUGACAGCCGUGGAACUCGAUCAGUUAGUCGUCUUGCAUUUAUCGAUGUCCGAGUCGACCAAGUUGAGGAUCUGAGCCCAGGCUGA